AUGCAGCAGCAUUCCGAUCAAUCGGAAGCCCAGCCUGUGCAGAAUAGCAAUUAUCGCAGCAGAGUUGUUGUUCAAAAUGGGUGCAGUCGAACUUCCACGCCUAAAGCAUCACCACCAGCAUUGUAUGCUGCUUCUAGCCAAGAGAACAGCGUGACACAGGAGAUAUGUGCGAUUACGCAAAGUUCCUCCAUCUCUUCCCCCUAUUUAGCAAACAAGCAUUGUCGACUAGGAAUGCGUCAGCUAGUCGCCAAAACCGCUACCAUUGUAUUUCCCUUGGCAUCUCAAUCCUUUGUCGAUAGAUUGAUGCUGUCCGCAAUGAAAACACCUCCCCUCCUCUAUGCGCUUCUUGCAUGUUUUGGAAGCCAUAACGCGCGCCGUAUGACUUCACCGACAUCAACGUCAGAAUCUGAGAGAGCAACAACACUUAUGUUCACAAAUAAUGCUAUUUCGGGUCUCAGAGCGGCUUUGGCUCGCGAUAGUGCCACCAGUAAGACUUUCAAGACCGAGACUCUGAUGACGGCAAUGGCCCUAUGUACGAAUGAUGUUUGCAAUGGAAAUAUAGACGUGUUCCGAAUGCAUCUGAAGGCGAUUCGACAAAUGCUGCCAUCAUACACCAAUUCACUACCGUCAAAAAACAACAGAACUUCUGUCACAGAAGACUCUAUACUUAAUGUCUACUUGAUGAAAUGGUUUGCGGCGUUAGACGUCUCGGCCAGUUUGUCGUUGUUUACUCCUCAUCAACACGGGGAUGACCACAACGAGCAGCGAGAGCUCGCUGGUUUUUUUGACGGCAACCCGACUUCUGACUAUUGGAAUAAGUACAAGAUUUUCAACCUUUCGGAAGACUUUGUUGUGGAUGAUAUUUGUGGCUAUUCUUUGAAUCUCGUGCCUAUAUUUUCGCGGAUUGGAAAUUUAGCCAGAAUGCAAUACGAGAAUCUGCCUAUAAACGAAUCCAGUUGUGAUAUUGAUCUUCGAUACGAUUACGCGGAAGUCAUCACCGGCGUCACAUCCUCUCAAUCUCCAGAUCUCAUCAUCCAAGCCCAGCUACUCGAAUCCCAGCUGCAAAACCUCCCUUCUCCCCAAAUCUCCACAACAGGCAUCUGGACCAGCGAACAGCACCAACUCGUCGAAGAGCUACGAGACACACACCCGGCCUUUGUGCACACAGCGCUUCUCCAUCUCCAUCGCCGAGUACAAUUACUCCCAAAAUACCACCCAAAAGUACGAAACGAUGUAAUUAACAUCCUGCGCGUAGUCCAGAACGUGCUCCCUUUUUCGCCAGCGAAUGUGCUUUUGAUUUGGCCUCUUUUCAGUGCUGGUUGCGAAACGGAUCGUGCGGAGGAGCGGGCAGUUGUUGAUGAAAGAAUGUCAAUUAUGCAGUCGCUUGGGAUGGGUAAUUUUACGAGGGGAAGAGAAGCUCUUAAGAGACUCUGGGAAUCUGGGACGGCGCUGCGGUGGGAUGUCUAUCUGGCGAAGUCUGGGAUUGAUUUGGUGCUUUUCUAA